UUACCAUAUUUUGUUGAACUACUUCAUCUCAGGGGUUUUAUGGUCCAAUGGUGAUUCGUGGAAAGAGAUGAGGCGCUUUGCCUUGACCAACCUGAGAGACUUUGGGAUGGGCAAGAAGGCUUGUGAGGACAAAAUCAUUGAGGAAUGUGACUAUCUCCUUGAAGUGUUUAAGAAAUUUAAAGGAGAAGCUUUUGAUACAACUCAACCAAUGAACUAUGCAGACUCUAACAUUAUCUGCUCAAUUGUGUAUGGCAGCAGAUUUGAAUAUGAUGACCCAGAAUUUACGUCCCUGGUGGAUCGAACAAGCAGAAACAUUCAGCUUGCGGGCUCCCCAUCAAUACAGGUCUCCAUGUUCCCAUGGAUCUUUAACUGGGUUUCUAACAGGAAGGAAGUCCAUAAGUUGGCUGUUGCCAAUAUUAAACAAAACUUACUGCUGUUCAGUCGUUUGAAAGAGACCCUCAAUCCACAGAUGUGCAGAGGAUUUGUGGAUGCCUUUCUGGUCCGAAAGCAAAAUCUGGAGUCCUCCAGUUCUCUCUCCCUGUUGGGGGCUCUGUUGGUCCUGCUGCUCGUCUACCUCAUCUCAUCCUCUAGCUUCACCUCCCAGGAGGAUGGGAAAGAUCCUCCGGGACCAAAACGACUUCCCCUGCUUGGGAAUCUGCUGCAGCUGGACCUCAAGAGACCCUACCAGUCAUUACUGGAGCUUUCCAAGAAAUAUGGGUCAGUGUUCACCGUCUAUCUGGGACCCAAGAAAGUCGUGGUCCUGGCUGGAUACAAGACAGUGAAGGAGGCACUUGUCAAUCAUGCUGAAGAGUUUGGAGACAGAGAUCCAAUGCAAGUUAUGCAAGACACUAGUAAAGGAAAUGGGGUUUUAUGGUCCAAUGGUGAUUCGUGGAAAGAGAUGAGGCGCUUUGCCUUGACCAACCUGAGAGACUUUGGGAUGGGCAAGAAGGCUUGUGAGGACAAAAUCAUUGAAGAAUGUGACUAUCUCAUUGAAGUGUUUAAGAAAUUUAAAGGAGAAGCUUUUGAUACA